GAAAACAAAAACAAUGCUGAUAAGGGAGGAGACUCUUCAGCCUGCAGUGAACCUGAUGAGGAUAAAAAGGAUGAAGAUACAGAAAGCCAGCUCCAAACAGGGAUAGCAAGAGAUGGUGAACUUCCCAAUGGUCAACCAUCAGAGUUGAAGAACUAUGUCAAUGGUAACAUCAAGAAGGAACCUGUCAAUGGUCAAAUAAAGCAGAAGCCCGACACAGAACUGAGCAAGUAGCGCCAAAGAGGGGCUUUUCUUUUGGUUAUUUUGCUGGACAGUUGUCCGAAGUAUACAAAGACGCCAGUCGAACACUACAGGGCACAAGUGAAAUCAUUCGAAAUGUACGAGUGGCUGAAAUGAAGGAUGUAGUCUCGCAGUAUGUGACCAUGAUGUCCAAAGAGCUGCCACUGAUUAACCGAAUGCAGCUCAAUCCGGAGCCAGAACCUUGCGUCGUUGCCAAGGAGAACAAAGUCAGUCUGGUUGAUCUGUCCAAAGAUUGCGCCCUUCGUCUUUCUCAAAGGUGUGGCAUGUCUACAAUCCCGGGCGUCUCAGAAUUGCCAGAAGGCUCUGUGUCGUCUCUCAAAGACCAAUGUCCUGAAGUGUAUUAUCAGAAAUUAGUCCAGCUGCCUUCAGCCUUGUCUGAGCUACAGUCCUUUACAUCCCAGAAGAUGCUUGACAAGUUGGAAUCUCUUAGUCCUCAAAAAGUCAACAAGCUCUUGAGUAUCUUCUGGCUCGAAGCUGCCAACAGCAAGCAGCCGAUACCAAAGCCUGGGUGCUUGCUUUUGACAAAAAAGGAGAUAAUAGUGCUGUCAAGUGAAGCAAAUUCAGAGGACCCCAUAACUAUUCAUCACCAUUUGAAUCUCCUGGAAAUCAAGAAGGUCCAGAUAAGUUUAGCAGGUCAGCACGCUCGCCUUAUCGACUCCACCGAAGACACUAUCUUGGUAGUUUUUACCCACAGCAGAGAGCUGACCCAGGAGUUCUGCAAGGCUUUACUGAAGGUCCUUUCUCAGGGAGAGUUCUCUGAAGAGGCUGAAGAUCACCCGUUGCUCUCCGGUGACCUCAUGGUCCUCUCUUUGGAUUGGACGUCAAACAUUCCUGACAGUCUAGAUAAUGGAGUUCAAGUCACCUCCAGAUUCAAGCGCAUCCUCGCAGACCUGCUCUACAUCGUCCACGGGAACAUGGAGGGUCCUGGCAAACCUUCUCUGGCACACAUUCAUCCUCUGCUCUACACCAGCGUCAAGGUCAAGGAUGUUCAUCGCUUGCCCAAAGACUCGAUUUAUCAGUUCCUCCUGACGGACAGUCAUGUGGCUCUUAUCCGGGAGGAGGGCGUCUUCCACCCGGUGCCGCGGGGCUCCAGUCUGGUCCCGGCUAAUCCUCAGUUUCAGGCCCUCAGACUCUGCCGGCGAUCAGAUAUCAGAUGCCUGUUCGUGAGGAAGGAUGACAACUGCCUGGUGGUGGAUAUCACAUUUAAAACUCAGAAACCCUACACUCGAGAUAAGAAGAUUGAGUUCAGACGAGGCUCGGUUGAUGUGUGCUCCAUCUCUAAUUUGAACACUCAGGAGGAUUCCUGGAAGUUAUCUUUUGGUUCUACCUCAGACGCUGUGAUCUUGAUAAACCAUCUGUGUACUUGAGUUAAACACCUAAAGGCAGUUUCACUUGAAUUGAGUCACAAAUGCAAACGUCCAAAAGGAAGACGUAGAAAUAAGAAGAUAUUCAGUCACCUUUACUUGUUUUAUAAAGCGUUAAAUAAGUUACCACAAAUUGAUGGAAAAAAAGAGUUAGAGAUAUUUCUGGAAACAUGAAUAUUUGUAAUGCCAAAGUAAAAAACAAAGCAUUUCAAAGUAAUUUUAGAAUAUUUCCCCGUCUUUUAAACAUUUCUGUGAUUUGGUCAUUGUGCCUCAAAGUCCUAAAGAUGGUCCUUUAAAAUAAAGAAGCACAGAUCGUGUUUGUGUCGUUUGUACGUUAGAAUGAACAAAUGGAAAAUGGAAGAAAAAAUAAUCUGGAUGUUUUUUUUGCUUUCUACUGUUUUUAAG